GUCUUAUUUAUUUCGUUGAGGAGGAUCGACGAAGGACGUUCGUUCGACGUCGAUCGAUUCGUUCGUUUCGAUUGGUCAAGUUACAACUCUUACGUCGUAUACAUCAUAUAUACACAUAUAUAUAUGUAUGUAUAUAUAUACAUUAUAUAUAUAUAUAUACACAUAUACAUACGCGCUUAGAGAAACUUUGUGUAGUUGGUGAAUUCGUCGAUAUAUUGACGAUUAAACGAUAACGAACGAGUUCGUGUCAGUCAUCAUGGGAUUGUUCUAUCUUGUACGAGUGUUUCAUAAAGAAGGACCUUGACCGUCCGAUCGUAGUGAAUGGUGGACACCGGAUUAUUUGGCCCAUGGGGCCAGAUUAUAUUGGUCGUCGUUGUUGCAACGACUGUCCUCUUUGUUUUACUCAUUGUCGCCUGCUUCUUAACACCUGGUUGCAUCGGUUACGAGUGUGCAAGAAAACGCAAGAAAGAAUCUACGAAUAUUUUGCCACGAAUAAAAGGACGAAGUAACGACAAUGUCAAGUUGAACGAUGUCAGUUAUAGAUCUUGGAGAUUGGGAAGUCUUUACGAAAAUGGUAACAACGGUAAUGGAACGAUCAGCGAAAACGUAGAAUUCCAAAGGAACUCGGUUAAUUCCACUUGCGGCCAAUUCGAAAGCAUCGAAACAUCAUCAACUGUGAAUUUGAUUCAAACCGAAAAACGAAAGAACGAUAAAAAGGAGAAGGAAUUUCCUACGGAAUUGACUUUGAGUUUGCAAUAUUUUCCUCCCUGCGACGAAACUAUUACGGGAAAGUUCGUAGUCGGGAUCGAGGCGCUAUCCAGUCUUCCACCGAAACAAUACAAUUGCACGGUCGAGCCUUACGUGGCUUUAAAUAUUGUGAAACAAUCGUGGAGUCACAGGAAACAAAUGAAAUUGCACAGUUUUAGAACGAGAGGCAUCAGGCAUACGGCCAAUCCGAUUUACAGGGAAACUUUUGUGGUGGCCAAUGCGAAACCUCACGAAGUUAAGGAAUGGGCUUUAGACAUAGCGGCGUACGAUCACGAUAGGUACGCCAAUCACACUGAACUGUGUUCGUUGAAAGUGGCAAUCAAGGAUGUUAAAAUAAUAUUUAAAAGUCCCGAGAAACAUAUGUUCAAUUAUAGAAUGAAACCAUCCUAUCAGGAAUUCGGCAAAAUUUUAUUAGGUGUAAGCUAUUUGCCAACGGCACAGAGAUUAACGAUUAACAUAAUGGAAUUGCGGAACGUUAAAGUUCUUAAAUUCGUAUCCAGUUUAAAUGAAUUUUAUCCCUAUGUAAGGGUACUGAUGUUGAAUGGAAAGACGGGAAAGAAAUUGAAAAAGAGAAAAACGAGAACGCUUCACGCUUGCGCUCAACCGGAAUUCAAUGAGACGUUGACAUUCGAUGUGACAUAUGAUCAAUUGGAUACCGUACAAUUUUUAAUUGUAUUAUGCAGCAGGGUUUCAUUGAAAAACAUUGAACCUACGAAUUGUAGCGAGCAUCAAAGCGACAGCGAGGAUUCGGUAAAUUCGUUUAAAAAGACCGAAGAUAUUUUUAUCGGUAAAGUAGCUCUUGGAAAGGGAGUUCGAGGUUCUAUGGAAAGAUUACAUUGGUUUUUGAUUUUACAAAGUCCGCGUAAACUAGUCAACAUUUGGCACACUUUAAAAUAAAGACGCUAUUAUUAUUAUUAUUA